AUGUCUCCUGACAGUGAGCAACUCGUCUUCAACGGGACGUACCACAACGGCAUAUCUCUUGCUGCGCAUCUAUACACUCCAUCCAACAACGCUACCGGCAACGCAUCACGACCAGCUAUCGUGACAGGCCAUCCGCAUGGCGGUGUGAAGGAGCAGACAUCUGGUCUCUAUGCGCGACUCAUCGCGGAACGCACCGGAUUUGUCACGCUUGCGUUUGAUGCUGCUUACCAGGGCGAAAGCGGGAGUCUCCCUAGAUACCUAGAGGAUCCCUACCAACGGGCUGAGGAUGUCAGAAACGCAGUCACCUAUCUUUCUACCCUGGACAUCGUGGACCCCGAUCGCAUUGGUGUUCUGGGUAUAUGCGCUUCAGGAGGUUAUGUACCUUUCGCAGCCCAAACCGACAAGCGCAUGAAGGCUGUGGCGACUGUUAGUGGAAUCGAUUUAGGGACACUACACUCUGAGGGGUUCGGCAGCUAUGAUGCAGAGAUGCUUCUAACUCUGGAGAGCCAGCUCAAAGAGGCAGGCAGGCAACGCAUACAGGAGGCCAUGGGUGCAAAGCCCAACCUGACUCGAAUUUUCCCCAACACUGCUGCCGACGUAUCGACAGAGAUGCCUGUGUUUUACCAGAAGUCCUACGACUACUACUAG